UGGCGUGUGCUGGUGAUGCCGUGGCGGGCCGUGUCGGAGGGCGGCUUCUGGCUGUUCGGGAGCUUCUGUGACACGUGGGUGGCCUUCGACAUCAUGUGCUCCACGGCGUCCAUCCUGAACCUGUGCAUCAUCAGCAUGGACCGCUACUGGGCCAUCUCCAGCCCGUUCCGCUACGAGAGGAAGAUGACGCGCCGCUUCGCCUUCCUGAUGAUCGGGGUCGCGUGGACCUUGUCGGUGCUGAUCUUCAUCCCGGUGCAGCUCAACUGGCACCGGGCCGCCUCCGGUCCGGAGAACCGGCGGAACCGGAGGACUGCAAGCGCCAGCCUGAACCGGACCUACGCCAUCUCCUCGUCCCUCAUCAGCUUCUACAUCCCGGUGCUCAUCAUGGUCGGCACGUACACGCGCAUCUUCCGGAUCGCGCAGACCCAGAUCAGACGGAUCUCGUCCCUGGAACGAGCCGCGGGGGUCCGUGCGCAAAACCACCGGCACCGCGCCUCGACGCACGACGAGAGCGCGCUGAAGAGUUCGUUCAAGCGCGAGACCAAGGUUCUGAAGACGCUGUCCGUGAUCGUGGGCGUGUUCGUGUUCUGCUGGCUGCCCUUCUUCGUGCUCAACUGCGUGGUUCCGUUCUGCGAGGCGGGCCGGCUCGGGGACGCGCCGUGCGUCAGCGACACCACGUUCAGCGUGUUCGUGUGGUUCGGUUGGGCCAACUCGUCCCUGAACCCGGUCAUCUACGCCUUCAACGCGGACUUCCGGAGGGCGUUCAGCUCCAUCCUGGGCUGCGGCCGGUUCUGCUGGUUUACGGUGGAGACGGUGGACUUCAGCAACGAGCUGGUGUCCUACCACCACGACACCACGCUGCAGAAGGACGCCGGCCCGGUACCGGUACCGGGGCCCGGGCCGCAGAGGCCGGUCCCGCCGCUGCGCUCCGGAGGAGAUCCGGACCGGAACUGUGAACGGGUCUCGGUGGUGUCGGACGGAAACCUGCUGCAGCACGAAGCGGAGAUCCGUCUGGACCUGCUGCCCUUCCCCUCCAGGACCCCCCACGGCCUGAUCCCGGGCAGAUCCAGGACCUGUGAGGACCUCCUGGACCCGGAUCGAGUCUGGAUCUGGUUCUGGACUUCCGGUAGAGUUCAGGAAACUUUCAGCUCCGAUUCAAACUUUUAAUAAAGUUCAGAUUUGUUGAAUAAUUCAGAUUAAAACAAAGGAAACUGUCUGGAAACCAAUCUGAAACAAAGGAAACCAACUUUAUAAGAGUUUGAAAAUGAAAAAAAACUUUUAUUUAUUUUAUAAACUUUUAAUUUUGGACCAGAACCAGGUAAACACACUGUAAAACAUAAAGGGUUAAACACCUACAGAUGAACACAAAACGUCCAAUUUAACGUCAUAAAAUUCACUAAACAUGGUGAUAAAGUCACCAAAGAAAUUUAAAAAUGACCCCAAAAAUAUUAAAAUGUAUGUUCUUUUUCUUUGACAGUGCAGUUGUCUUCAAUCUGGACCUGGUUUAUGUGUUUUUAAAAAGGUUGAUGCUACAGGUACGGACCCGUACCUGUAGCAUCUGUACUAGAGGUACGGACCCGUUAAGGUCACUGUAGAGCUGGCGCCGGUUAACUACUAUUUGCUGCACAUUACAGGCAGUUUAUAUGAAUGACUUUGACGGCGAACAUUGUAUAAUUUAACCAAAAUACACCGUCUCCUCUCACACUUUAGACAUUGCAGUUUUUACGCUUUUAAACGCCGUGUCUAAAUUGUUUGAAGUCCAGUUCCUAUUAAUUAGUUUACCGCGUUCAGUGGUGGAAGCGGCUGACGAACUCCAUUGCAAAUGUUCCCAUUUAAUUUCGGAUGCUAAUUUACAAGAUAAAGUUAAGGAUGUCGAAUAUGAAACAAACACUCGUGAAUGGUGAGGAGCAGCUCUUUAAUUCGGCAUGAAUUAAAAAACACAAACUCGAUUUACUGUGAUAUUGUGAGAUUUGUUUGUGGUUAUGUAACUUAGCCAUUCAACAGAGUCCGCUAACAUUAAAGUGACUGUGACAGUGUCUGUGUUGACAGACGUAGAAAAUACGUCAGGGUUUUGUUUAGGUUGUUAAUAUGUAAUAGUCUGUCGCUACUUUUGAAGGUAAAAAAAUACUUGUAGUUUGCUGGCUGUUAGUUCCGCCAUUUGUUUUGUUUGCUGUUUGUGCUUUAUUAGAACAGGGUCACGUGAAUAAAAAGUUUUGCUAUUUUUAAUAGUAGUGCUGAUUUCAACCCCCAAAUCGCUGUCCGUGAAAAAGUCAGAUAAUGGUAUUUAUAAGACAUUAUGCAUGAUAGAAAAGAGAACAGCAGAUGACUGACACGACAGGCUCGGCACGCAGAUUCACCUCGAAUCACGGAAGCGCCUUCAUCACUCGGAUUACCAAACCGGCUUAUUAAUAUUUAUGUCCGUCGGAUUACCAGCCAAUCACAAAGCGCGUUCAUCAGCCGGCUCAUUAAUAUUCAUGUACGUCUCAUUAAUAUUUAUGAAAAGGGGAAGUGCCGUAUCCGUAGGCCACAGGCUACGGGUCCAUCUGUAGACACUACCUUUUAAAAAACACUUUUUUUUUGUUGUCAUUUUUACCAAUAAAAAAUCUUUAUUAAAUCACAAACUGUUUUUUAACAUUUAAAUAGUUAAUAAUUGUUGAAUAAUUUAGAUAAAAACUGAAAACUGUCUGAAAACAACUUUAUAAAACUUUUAAGUUCAAAAGACUUCAUUUCUUUUUAAUAAACAUUUAAUUUAAUAUGUUUUAUUUAGACAUUAUUUAGAGCUUUGGCCUGUUCUAGUUUUUCAUGCAAAAUUUCUGUGAUUUUACUAAAAUUUUAAAAAUCUGUAAAAUAUAAUAUUUAACAUUUUUAAUCCUACUUUUUUAAUAAGGUAAACAUUUAUUGAUGUUGUCAUUCAGUACAAUGUGUAAUUUCACAGUGAAAUGUCAAAAAAUAAAUUGGAUGUAAAGUAAAAUCAUUUUACUUUUUUAACAAAACAAAGAAAAUCUGUAAAAUAAAGGUUAAAAAUAUUUCCAUUUUGUAAACCCUACUAUUUCUUUUUAAAUAUCUGUAACAUAAUAAUAUUUCUGAUGUUUUAACUCAAUAAAACACACAUAAAAACACAUUUCAAAUCGGUUUGAAAAGGUUUUCACCAUUUUGAACUUCAGAGUCAUUUUGGGCAACUUUGGAGUCAUCUGAGUCAAUUUUACCUCAUUUUGGACAACUUUUGAAAUUUUUUACAAGUUUGAAGUGGGUUCUUACCAUUUUGGGUGAAGUUGAAGUGAUAUUCAUCUAUUUCUGAGUCAUUAUGGACAUAUUUUAGUCAUUAUGGGCAACUUUUGAAUCAUUUGAGUCAGUUCUAAGUCAAUCUGGACAAUUCUUGAACUAUUUUACAGCAAAGUCUGAGUCAUUCUGGACAAAUUUCUGUUAUUUAUGAGAAGUUUCAUGUAAGUUUAGACAUGUUUUCACCAUUUUAGACCAACUCUGAGUGACACUGAAUCAUUUCUGAGUCAUUUUGGACAUCUUUUAGCCAUUAUGAGCAACUUUCGGUCAUUUGAGUCACUUUUGGAGAUUCUUUUUUAUCAUUUUUGUUACGUUUCAAGUUGUUCUGGAAAGGUUUUCAUUGUAUUGGAGCAUAAAUAAAGUCUGUCAGAAAAUAUAUUUCCCUCAAAA